GUUCCUGCUUUCUUAAGAUGGCUGCGGCUAAGGACGGAUGUGGCUUAGAAGCUGCUGCUGGAAACGGGCGGCGGCUCCACCUAGGGAUUCCUGAAGCGGUGUUUGUGGAAGAUGUAGAUUCUUUCAUGAAGCAGCCUGGGAAUGAAACUGCAGAUACAGUGUUAAAGAAGCUGGAUGAGCAAUAUCAGAAGUAUAAGUUUAUGGAACUCAACCUUGCUCAAAAGAAAAGGAGACUGAAAGGUCAGAUUCCUGAAAUUAAACAGACUUUGGAAAUUCUAAAAUACAUGCAGAAGAAAAAAGAGUCCACCAAUUCAAUGGAGACCAGAUUCUUACUGGCAGAUAACCUGUACUGCAAAGCUUCGGUUCCUCCUACUGAUAAAGUGUGCCUGUGGUUGGGGGCUAAUGUUAUGCUUGAAUACGAUAUUGAUGAAGCUCAGGCAUUGUUGGAAAAGAAUUUAUCAACCGCCACAAAGAAUCUGGAUUCUCUUGAGGAAGACCUUGACUUUCUUCGAGAUCAAUUUACUACUACAGAAGUCAAUAUGGCUAGGGUUUAUAAUUGGGAUGUAAAAAGAAGAAACAAAGAUGAUUCUACCAAGAACAAAGCAUAACUCCGGAAUUGAAAAUGUGGUUCAGGUUUCCAAACAUGUUAAAUAAGCCAGUGUUUAUCUUUAAAGAUUGAUGUAACUUUGAGUGUUUUUUUUUUCACAGCAGAAAUAAUAAAAACAUAAAGACACCAUUUUAUUUAUUUAUGAAAACAAAAAUUAUUUUCAAAUAUUUUAUGAAAUUAACAGUAUUCUUUUCAUAUUUCCCUACAAAGUAGUGCUGCUUUUGUUUUAUUUUAUCUGUUAUAAGACAAUUCUUAACUGAAAUGGCCGAAAACUGUGAGGAAUGCUAUGGAGGCUGCUGAAUGCUGAGCACCAGCACAGUUUACACAAUUUUUUCUUUAUCGCUUGAUGUUACUCUCACUUAAUGUGGUAAACCUUUUAGAGGCAAGAAAGACAAUUCGAUAUUUGUAAACUUGUUUUUCUUUAGUUUUUGUAGGAUAUCAUCCUUUGUUGCUGUUGUGUUCUAUAAAUGGGGUUUCAUGCAUUUCUGCUUAACCAGUAGCUUUUAUGAUACUCUAAUCUUUUCAGAAAAUGAUUAUUUACUUUCAUACACAGUUUGAGGGCUAUUGACAUAUAUAAAAUUUUGAUCCCAAAUGAGUACGCUAUGUCUUUGCAAUGCCAGUAUAAGGGAGACUUGAUCAAUGUGAGAGAACACUACCCAUUCAAAACUUUAUGCUAAGAUAAUUUUAUAUUAUGUAACAGUUCUCCAAAGCACCUUGAACGGGACUAUUAACAUAAAUGUAAAUCUGCAUUGGUUCAAAAGAGUUGUAGCUUUUUUAUUUGUGAUAAAAUUGCAUAGGAAUGAUAAAAUCGGUGGAAAGCCAUUGGCACUGCGGUAAAGUACUUGGUGGUACAGAUUCUGGUAAAAAUACAUGCAUGUUAUUCUAUCUCCAUGUAGUAAAAAAUAUACUUGUACGAUGUUUUGUACUUGUAUUUCAUGUAAUUAAAACAGUUAUAUUCAAACUGUUGCCUGAUACCUUUUUCAUGUUAAUCUUUAUCUUAAUCUGUAUAGGUUUCUGGCAAAUACCAAAAGUCAGGUAAAACGAGCAUUUAUGUUGUAUGGUAAGUUCAAUUGAAGUGCAAGGGCAGAGCCCUCAUGAUGUACUCAUUUCUCUAACUUCCCACAUUCAUCCUAAUACUUUUAGGUAUUAGCACUUAUGUUUUAACAUGAGAAAAACAUUUCAGAUGAUAUCUAAGGUUAACAUAGAUCUCUUCACAUUUUUAUGGGGUUCAUUUACAUGUACCUAACUAGUAUAUGUUAAGAGCUUUUU